AUGGCCUUUGCAGAUCUACAGAAAGUACUCAUCAGUGACAGCCUGGACCCUUGCUGCCAGAAGAUCCAGCAAGAUGGAGGGCUGCAGGUGGUGGAGAAGCAGAACCUGAGCGAAGAGGAGCUGAUAGCUGAGCUGCAGGACUGUGAAGGCCUUAUGCUCCAAUCGGCCAACAGCAGAGCUCACCUGUGGGAUGAUCAUGUGUCAGGCAGAUUCCCCAGGCAAGGGCUUCAAUGA